CAGUGCGGCUGAUGCAAGUCUUUCUGUAUGAAGGAGGUCAGCUUAUUGUGAGGGAUAAUACGUUGUCUGCUGCGUUCCUUAGCUUCAAUGCUUCGGCGGUGUGGAAAGGGAACGGAAGUCAGAUGCUAACAUCGAUGCUAUAGUUGUCCAGGACUGCAUUACAUACGCUAAGCAUAUCUUGAGGCUUAUUUCAAUAUCUUGCUUGUUUCGAUUGCUACCAUAGCGAUUUCGUCAAGAGGGUUGAUUGCACUGACGAGAGAUGAGAUGUGCGGCUUUGAAGCUAGUGGUUGGGAGGCCGCAGUUACCAGUGUCAUCUGAGGUGUGAGGUCCCUCCACCCGAACAUUUGAGGACGAGGAAUUGGGCGACUGAGCUUUCGUAGUAGGAUCAAAAUGCCCAGGCCUCGGCACUUGGGGCCUUCCCCUUCAUUAAAUAGGUCUUUGUCGAGACUGUCUUCGUCAUCAUCUUUCCCCUCACGGCACUCGAAUUCAAGAAUCUAUACAUUUCUGAUCGUCGUUGGUUUACUUCUGUUUGCUGUCGUUGCUUUCUUGCAAGCAUGUUUAAUCGGGGCCCCACAAGGAUCCAAGCUCAGCCCUCUUGAGCACACAAAAUCAGGCGCGGGCGUCGGAGCUGAGCAGGCUUGGUGGAAGGAAAACUCCAGGGCAGGGAAUAAUGCGGUAUUGGAUCCGGGAACUGGAAAAGUAAGAGCGGUCGAAAAGAGCAAGCUCGGAAGGAAAAUGGGUGCUGUACAAGGCGUCGAAGACGGCGAAAAGGGAGAAAGUGGCGAUGAGGAGAUAGAGGACGGAGACGAGAUGGGAGAUGACGAGGAUGAAGAUGAAGAUGCCGGUCAGGAUCGCCUUGAUAUCGAUGUAGACGAUAGAAUUGUCGAAGAAGAGGGAGACUCGGAUCUGGCAGUCGCAUUAAUUGUAGAUGAGGAGUUUCAAACAGGUGAAAACGAGCCUGAUUCCUCCAAGAAAUCUGGACAGGCGGUUGUUAAUAGUAAAAUUUCAGCGGUGUCUGCGAAACGAGGAGUUGAGAAGGUGGCCUUUGUCAAGUCGCUAGGUAGUGGUCGUGUAAAUAGUGAGAAUAGCACCAAUCCUACUAAUGAAGUUAGGAGCAAAUCAACAAGGCAUGAAUCCAAACAGGACAACAUGGCAAAGGUAAAUGGCGUUCCGGAUUGGGUUCUUGAUGGUAAAUUGAGGAGCCGGCAGGAUAUAAUCGCUGACACUCUUCACAAAGGUUUUGGGAAAGGUUUAGGAGUGGACGUGGAAAAGAGGAAGAGCUCAUUCUUCUGGGAUCAUGCAGUGGGUGUUAGAAAGAGGUCCUUGGAAAACGUUGACUCUUUUAGUACAGGAGAAACUAAGAACUCAACUGUCAUCGUCAAGUCUGGUAGAAUUUUGGAUGACAAGCAUGCCGAUGCAGAGGACAAGGAUGCAGCGAAGGUGGCUGUGUUGCAAUUACGAGGUUACAAGGAGGUUGUUGAGAACUGGAAAGAGCGGUUCAACAGCGAUGAUGAGUUGAUAGAUGACGAUGUUCAGCGACGCCUCGAAGGUGUACGGGUAAUAGAGGACGCGUUGCUGCUGAACGAGGAUGGAUUACUAGACAAGCCAAUUCCCUCGAAGAAGUUAGGUGCUCAUCUGAAGAAGGGAAGAAGUGCAUUCGAUCCAAUCGAUCCUGUCAAUAACCCAAUGUUACAAGAUCCUGACACAACUCCUGGAACCUGGAUGACGAAGACUGACAACGACAUGUUGCGAGCUAUCAGAGGAGAUCGUUUUAGUGAUGGCCUGCAACCCAAGGUGCUUUUGAGAGGCAACCUCCCUGCUACUGUCACUGUGGCAGAUUUUGAGGUGGGUAGACGAGCCUCAGCAGUGGAGGCAUCCAGUGAUUCAAUGCAGGAGAAGGAAGAGAACAGAAAGCCUGUUCUAGCUGUAAAUAGCGAUCUAGCCAGUCACGAGAAUUUAAUGGGUGUGAGUGGGGCAGGAAAAUCCUUGGAGUUGAGCUCCGAGAGUAACGCAGAUGAGAUGCAAUGGGGAUAUUAUCCUGGAAUAGGAUCUCUCUCCUUCUCAAAAUUUAUGGAAGAUUUUCUGGGGCAAGAGAGAUGCUCUCUGAAUGUCUUUAUGGCUUGGACUACUCCUGCAUGGGGCUUCACAGCUAGACAUCAACGGGUGUUGGAAAGCCUUUUUCGCUUUCACAUUGACGCUUGUGUGGUUGUUUUCUCAGACACAUUUGAAUUUAACUUCUUCAGCACAUUCCUGAAAGAAGGGUACAAGGUCGCUGUGGUGCGACCAAAUGUGCAAGAGCUCUUUGUAGACACUCCAUCCCAUAUUUUAACUGCGAGUUUGCCAAAAUGGAAAGAAAACCCACUCUUUCACUUGCAUUUUACUGAACUCCUGAGAUUGGCAGCUCUUUACAAGUUUGGAGGUAUAUACUUGGAUAUGGAUAUGCUUGUGUCGAGACCUUUGAACAGUCUACACAAUACUGUGGGUUCAGAAAUAACUGUGACUGGAGAAUCACGACUCAACGGGGCCGUUUUGAUCUUUGAGAAAUCCAGUCUAUUUCUGAAGAAGUGCAUGGAGGAAUUCACGAAGACCUAUGAUGAGACGUUACCUCAAUAUAAUGGAGCGGAUCUAUUGACACGAGUUGCUAACUCCGCUUUCGAUGAAAAGGGCAGCACAUGGAAUCAAUUUCCUGAAUUGUUGAAUAUUCAAGGGCCGUUCACGUUUUUCCCGUUGACGUCUUCUGGGAUCUCAAAGUACUUUGAUGCGCCUAAAGAUGACAUUCAGAAAGAACAACAACGGGAGCUGCUGACCAAAAUUUCCGAAGAGGCAAUUACUGUUCACUUGUGGAACAGUAUUACAUCGGACAUAGUCCCCGAUGUAAACAGUCUUGUAGGAAUCAUUUUAAGUCGGUCUUGUCUGCGAUGCAACAAUGUUCUAUGAUAGUUUGUCUUGGAUAAUUUUUAACCUGGGAGCCUUUUUAAAACCAACUUGCCUGUACCAUAUGCACACUUAUUAGUAUCACACCAUCUUUUACGUGCCGAGUGAACCCAGUUGUCGGACAACUGCCUGCAGCGUAGAAUCUGGAAUGCUUACUGGUGAAUCGUGCUCACCUGUUGAUGGUAUGGGAUAUAAUUUGGAUGAGUUGUUCUGCCAAGCAGGCUUGUUAGUGUAGACAUAUUGAAACCGUCCCAAACCAUUUGUGGUGUUAGAACCGUCAACUGUACGCACGUGUUAAAAAGUGCCAUCAACUCUGAAAUGAACACUGGGUCAGUCUACUUGUGCUUGUGCCCAGGCCUAGGUGAACUGCAUUAA